CUAGAUCCUUUAGAUCGGUUGCUGGCACCCAGAAACCCAGAAUUCCUCUGCCCUGGAAUCCCCAUCUUGUGUGCAAAGCUCCACUAAAGGAUGCGGAGAGCUGCGAGACUGAGGAAGAUUGACUUCUAAAAACGAAUGUUGCACAAGGAAGAACCUGAGAGGAGGAGAAGGAAAAGGAAAUAAAAAGAUCCAGGAUGGCUGUCACUCAGGGACAGUUGACAUUCAGUGAUGUGGCCAUUGAGUUCUCUCAGGAGGAAUGGGAAUGCCUGGACCAUGCACAGAGGGCGUUGCACAGGGACGUGAUGUUGGAGAACUACAGGAACCUGGUCUCCCUGGGAGUCACACUUCCAAGUCUGAAUGCUGUGUCUAAAUUGGAACAAAACAAAGGGCCCUGGACUGUGGCGAGUGAGACAAUAGGAAGCAGAAACUCAAAUGGACAGGAAUAUGUCAGAACUGUGAGUGCAGUUAACUCUCCUGAACAUAUAAUUAAAGAUUUCCUACCAAAAGAGAGUGGAGAUUCAGGAGAAAUAGUCCAGACAAUGGUGGCAGAAAGAUAUAAAAGCAAUGGCAUUGAAGAUUUUUCCUUCAGAGAAAUCCAGCAGAACAUUCAGAAAUUUGAGUUUCACUGGGAAGAGCGUGAAAGGAAUUUUAAAUCCACUUGUAGAAGAGGUCAAGAUAGUGGAAAGGAGACAGGAAUAAACCUUAGUCAAAAUGAGCUCCUGUUAAGCUUCACUUCACACCUACCUGAACAACUGCAGCCAUUUCUGGCUGCAGGAAAUGUUGAUGGUAAUGAAGCUAAGUCCAUCAGCAGUGGUUCUUCAAUUUUGUCAUCUGACAGAAUUCUUGCUAGUGGUGGCAAAGCACCCAUUCUUCAUGAACAUGAUGUUUAUUCUUCACUAUUCAUGAAAGGACAGAAAGCACCCAUUAAGGAAAAACCUUAUCAAUGUAAUGAGUGUGACAAGGUCUUCAGAUAUACUUCUUCUCUAGCAUAUCAUCGGCAAAUUCACACUGGAGAGAAACUUUACAAAUGUGUUGAGUGUGGGAAGGCUUUUUUUCGACGUUCCUAUCUUUUGGUACAUGAGAGGCAUCACACUGGAGCAAAACCUUACAAAUGUAAUGAAUGUGGCAAGUUGUUCACUCAGAAUUCACACCUUAAAAGUCAUCGAAGAAUUCAUACUGGUGAGAAACCAUUCAAAUGUAAUGAUUGUGGUAAAGCCUUUAGUGUUCGUUCAAAUCUAACUCACCAUCAGGUAAUCCAUACUGGAGAUAAGCCUUAUAAAUGUAAUGAGUGUGGCAAGGUCUUCAGUCAAACCUCAAGCCUCACGAUUCACCGAAGAACUCACACUGGAGAGAAACCUUACAGGUGCAAUGAGUGUGGGAAAGUAUUCAGUUCACAUUCCAACCUAAAUACCCAUCAGGCAAUCCAUACUGGAGAAAAACCCUACAAAUGUUCAGAGUGUGGCAAGGUCUUUACUCAGAAUUCACACCUCGCAAAUCAUUGGAGAAUACACACUGGAGAGAAACCUUUCAAAUGCAAUGAGUGUGGCAAGGCCUUCAGUGUGUAUUCCAGCCUCACUACUCAUCAGGCAAUCCAUACAGGAGAAAAACCUUACAAGUGUGAUGAAUGUGGCAAGGUCUUCACUCAAAAUUCACAUCUUGCAAGUCAUCGUGGAGUUCACAGUGGGGAGAAGCCUUACAAGUGUGAAGAAUGUGGCAAAUUCUUCAGUCAAACUUCAAAUCUUGCAAGACAUUGGAGGGUCCAUACUGGAGAGAAGCCUUACAAAUGCAAUGAGUGUGGCAAAGCCUUUAGUGUGCGUUCUAGCCUGACUGCCCAUCAAGUAAUCCAUACUGGAGAAAAACCUUACAAAUGCACUGAAUGUGGCAAGGUCUUCAGUCAAACUUCAAGCCUUUCAAUCCAUCAGAGAAUUCACACUGGGGAGAAACCUUACAGAUGCAGUGAGUGUGGGAAAGCCUUUAAUUCACAUUCCAACCUAAAUACCCAUCAAGUAAUCCAUACUGGGCAAAAACCCUAUAAAUGUCUGGAAUGUGGCAAGGUCUUUACUCAAAAUUCACAUCUUGCAAAUCAUCAGAGAACCCAUACAGGAGAGAAACCUUUCAAAUGCAAUGAGUGUGGCAAGGCCUUCAGUGUGUACUCAAGUCUGACUACUCAUCAGGCAAUCCAUACUGGAGAAAAACCUUUUAAGUGUAGUGAAUGUGGUAAGGUCUUCACUCAAAAUUCACACCUAGCAAGUCACCAGAGGACUCAUACUGGAGAAAAACCUUACAAGUGUAGUAAGUGUGGUAAAGCCUUUAGUGUGCGUUCAAGCUUGACUACCCAUCAGGCAGUCCAUACUGGUGAAAAACCUUACACAUGUAAUGAGUGUGGCAAAGUCUUUAGUCGAAGUUCCAACCUUACAAGUCAUCAAAGGCUUCAUGUUGGACAGGAGCAAAUGUGAAUAUAGCAAGGUUUUGAGCAUAACUCACUUCUUGCACAAUAUUCAGGAAUACAAUCCUAAGGAAAUAUUAGUAUUGUGUUGAUGAAAAACCCCCAUCAGGAGUUCAAAUAUGUCACUAGAUAUAGUGGUAUGCAUGUAUAACCAUACCCUUUUCAGGGUAUUGUGAGAGCACUGUCUGCCUGGGAUACAUAGGAAGAACUUGACUUAAAAAAAAUAAAUCAAGCUUUUAUAGACAUAUAGCAUAUUAAGAAGACAUUUCAUACAUGUAGAGAAGAUGCUUCAGGACAUGAUUCCCACCUCUAUAAACACAUUAAUGCACAUCACUGAUGAACUCAUCUAAUUGGCACUUACUGAGGAUGUUAUUUACCGACUGUUGCAGUGAAGGGUGAAUGGAAGGAAUUGCUCAGCCUCCUGUUUUCCAUAGCUAAUCUUUGAUGUUACAUUCCACAGAAGAAUUGAUAAUUGCUGACCAAUUAAAAGUCAAAAUAGAUAAAACAUAUAUUUAAAAGGUUGAAGACAUUGGAUAACUUGGCUUUAAUAUUCGUGUAUUCAUUUAUUUAUGAUUUCUUGCAAAAUCUGCUUUGCUAUUUGUGAUUGUUAUCUGCAACUUUCUGACGAUACAAUACCUGCCUCAGGGGCCUUUUGUUGCAGCCUCUGGAAAAAAUAGGGUAAAAAGUCACAUUAGUAGGAAAGGAUCAUAUCUAUCUGGUUUCUGAGAAGAAUGACUCCAUUCCACCUUUUAAGUAUUGGCUAAGUUAUUUCCCUAAUUUGUGUUUACUUUCUGUAUUAAAUACCAUGUCUCAAGCUAACUUGGUGAGAAAAGGGUUUAUUUCAUCUUAUGGGUUAUGGUUGAUCAAGAGAAGGAUAAGGGAACCUGGAAGCAGGGACAAAGGAGACAAUGGGGAAAUGAUACCUGCUGACUUGCACUUCUUGGCUUAGCUUCCUUUAUACAACCUAGGAGCACCUACCAAGGGGUGGCACUGCCCAAAGUUGUCUAGGCCCUUUUAUAUCAGUAAUUAAUAAAGAAAAUACUUGACAGAAAUGGCCAGAGUCCAGCCAGAUGACUGUGAUGUCUUAAGAGUCCCUCUUCUCAGGUAACUUUAGUUUGUAUCAAAUUAUAAGAUGUAAUCAAAUCAUUUAUCAUCGGAAAGGGACAGGAUAUUGUAAAAUUACAGCAUUAAUUUAUUGUUCUUUGUGUUUGAUGGGGGCAUUCUGUGGGGCAAAAGCUAUUGGAAAGAAAUGAUCUACCAUCUGAUCAUGAGAUACAGAAGCUGCCACAAAAUUAGGAUAUUGCCUUUUUUGUGAAAUAAGAACGAUAGGCUAUUAGAUAUGGGUUGUUUGUUGAAUAAACUGCAAAAGACAUAGUGAACUUCUAUAUCAAGUGACAACAGCUUUCACUCGUAGCAAAUAAUUUUUCUUACAUUUAAAAUUAAAGUGAUAAACAUUAUUAGAAUGGAAAAUUUAACCCAAAUACGGUGUAGGGGCUGUGUAUGUAGCUAGUAGAGAAGCACAUAGGUCAUGUGUGUGAGGCCCUGAGUUCAAUGGCCAGCAGCACCAUAGGUAAAAAAUACACAAAAGGUUUCUUAAGACAUCAUUUAACUACUGUUGUUAAGUUUUUCCACUGUCUCAUUCAAAAUAUAUCACUAAUUGAACUUUUAGCUAAUGAAAGUAAAGAUUUUAUUUUCCUCUGAAUGAACUUGCAUUUUCUUUUGUUUGUAUACUUUUCCAUAUCAGUACAGUGCCUUCACAUGUGAAAUGAGAAAAUGGAGUAAAGUUCUUCUGCUUAAGGUUUUCUGCUUUUUGAAUGAUUUCAAAGACCAUAAAGGUUUAGGACCUUAUAAUUGUUUUUCAGUGAACUUGAUCCAUGCCCCUGCCAUACUUUUAUAGGUAAAGUAUACAUCAUCAAAGACACAUGGAUCAGACUGUCAAAGUAAAAGUGACAGGGUUUCUGUAUUCAUAUAUACACUUGGAACUUCUCCUCAUAGCUGUGCAACACUUCAGACAUUCCACUGAUAGGGUAUGAACUAUGCAGUGCUCACUGUUCUUGACUUUUAUGAAAAAUAAAUAAAUAAAUUAACUUGAA